ACUGACAAAUGUAACUCCCAUUUUCAUCUACUUAUUUAACUGUAAAUAGUAGACAGUGGUCGGCUCGUCGCGUAGAUGGCUUUCACUGGGAGCGGACGCACACUUGGCAUCAACGUCAGGCGGACCUUGCGAAGUGGACGGCCGCCGACGAAUCAAGGAGGACUGGGACUCCGAUGACUGAGACAUCCGCAUGGGCUUCUCGUGGGCAUAUGAAGGUCGCGUGUAGACAGGCAAGGACAUGCUUCCCCUCGGUCGCAACCCUGUGGUAGUUACCACGGGGACAUGACUCGAAUAGAGAGCCUCCAAGUCCACAUCCCGUCCAGUAUGUGACAUCGUCGGGACUGAAACACUUCGAUGGGGCAACGACGAUGGCGCAUGGAUCGUAAAGGUAGACUCGUUGUCGUCCGCAAAACGAGUUAUGAACGGGUCAGGUGCUACUGGUGGAUGCUGCGUCCAUCCAAAGGUCGGGGUUUCCAGUCGCGUCGUCGGCGGGUGCAGGCCAUCCUCUCUGCGAGUGCGUCGAGGGCCGGAAUGGUUCCCUUGGGAUUUAUAUGGCGUCAAAAGAAGGUUCCGUCGACUGGUUCGGUAGUGCACACUGCACCUGUGACACGUCAACACGGGAGUUUGUCGAACGAACGAUGCUUCAAUGUCCGAGGCAACGUCAAUCUCGACGUUGUGCGAACAGCUGGAGCACGUGGCAUGCCCGCAAAGCCGGCAGUGGUGGCGGCGUCGGUAGAGUCGGAACGUCUUGAAGCACAGGUGGCAGUAGGCGUUGUACGACCACAGUUGGGUCGGGAUCACAAGGAAAUGGUCUCGUCCACAAAAGCGCGGGAGCCCACCGACCAGUUCCUGCAUCCAUGGCCGAGAGAGUUCGCGGUCGUUGAAGCAGAGCACGAACGAGACCACGCAAUGGUUGGCCACGUCGGGGCUUUUUUCAAUCACAAACCCGCUGUGGUGGACCUUGAGCCUCGCACAUCCGGUGGUGGCAUCGUCGAAGGCAGGGAGUGUCCGGGUGUCGAUAGAUUCCCACACAUGCGUCGCAGCUUCCCGCAUCACUUGGCUGCCGUCAAGGGGCGCCCAUGGCCGCCACGCCACCCGAUCCCAGACAUACUGCUGGCUGUGGGAGGCAAAUACCAUGUCGAACGGCGUCGCGUGCACGCCAUCUCCGCGAAGAGCGAGCCAAUGAACCUGUAUCGCAUCCGAACCGACAGUGGAAACGUCGUUCGCUUGCUUCAGGUUGAUGCUGUGGGUAAACGUUCGCAGGAAAAGUUGGUAGAAGCUGCGCCGGCAGUCGUGGGUCGAUGCCGUUUGGUGCCGCAGCUGGCCAAGCAAGUCCGACACGGUGCCUCGCAGGGAGGUCGUGCCUUUGACCACGUAUUGAUCCCUGCCUACAAAUCCGUCGUAGAUGCGCACGCCAUUCGGCCCAAGCGCGACCAAGUCCAAUCCAGGCAGCCGGUUGUGAAUCAAGUCGAGGCCACGCUUCCGCGCGAGAGCUACAAGGUGGUCCCGUAACUUUGUCGAGACCGGGCUAGCAGCAGCAAGUUUGUUGAUGCGCUUGGCGAAAUCGGACUGCGGAUGCGGCAUGCCGCGCGGCGCGGCUGCCCAAGCACCGUCCAUGUGACUCGUGAUUACAGUACAACUCACUCGAGUGCUGGGUAAAUUCUGGAUGGUGGUAUUUGUUAGUCGAUCAAUUGUUCCAUGGUGAGAUAUGUUUGCAAACCCACGAUCGAUUGGGUGCAAAACAACCCAAACUAAUUUGGAG